AUGGCUGAUUUUGCGGAAGAGCUGAGGCUCAAGCCAUUGGAUGCGCCUCUCGAGGGAACCUCGUUGCUCCGCAGAAGCAUUCGGCCUACCUGUGCGGGUUUGAAGGUGUUGGCCGUCCCUGCUGAGACUGUUGGCAUUGCCUACCGAGUCAAUGGAACGGCACUGGAAAGUUUGGUGCUUACUGGGGACUCUAUUCAAGUUCAAUUUUCUUUGGAUUUAUCUGUGCCAGUGGUCAAUAUAGCCGCGUCUUCCGAUGGGCGGCUGGUUGCCGUUGCGUGUAUCGAUGGAUCCUUGCAAUGCUUCAACGCGACACAGUCUGGAUUCUCGAAGCGUUGGUCUCUCUCUCAAGUUCAUGAUCAUGUCGUGGACGAUGUGUCGCAGAGUCCCUCGGCUUCUCGAGCCAAUAGUGCCGCGGCUGCUGGACCCGUACGGUCUCUGUCGUUUGCACCGCAGGGAUACAACCUGAUUCUUGUGAAUAAUAGCGACAAACAGUCCACAUUGAAACUAUUCAACGCUGCGGAGUCCUCUCCAAAUGAUCUGCUACGCCAAAAACUCCCAGCCGAUCUACAAGUAGCCAGUGCCAGUUGGUCUGGAACCAAUGAUGCUUUGGCUAUUGGGGAUACCUCUGGGGUGAUUCAUAUCUACAAAAUUUCGGCAGGCUAUGCCCUGCAGCCAAUCACGACAAUGCCAUUUCUUGGAGAGGACGAUGAAGGAGGUUGGUCGUGUACUCAUUUAGAUUGGUUCAAUAACGGAGGCACGUUGGCGGCUGGAUAUUGCCGCGUUAUUCCUGAAGAGGAUGACGAUGAUGAAGAAGACUGCAGCGCAGAUCACGAGGCUAUCUUCUUUCUCAUGGAUAUGGAUGCAUCAUCCCUCCAACCAACAAAAUCGACGGAAGUAGGAGACGUUGUGGCGUUUUUCAGCGUACCCAAACAUGGACGGCAUGUUUAUUUUACGUCGGAUUGUACCACUCAGCAGGCGGGAGUCUCCUUUUUUGUCGUCGCAUCCAAUGUGGGAUCGGACAUUGCUCUCCUCAUAAAGGUGGGAGCAGAUGAAUGGGAGAUUUAUGAAUUCCCAGACGGUUCGAACCCAACCACACCCACCGACGAUGAAGACGAGUUUAUGUAUCCAAUGGGAGUUGGGACUCUCACUGCGCCGGGAACCGGUCAAAAAUGUCUUUUGGUCGCUGCGACCGACGGGUCGCUCUCCACGUCUCUAUUCUCGCAUGAGCAGGAUGCUAAUUUCUUCAUUAUGCCAUCUUCUGCCGCAACUGUGCUUCCGAAUGCACCUGUCCCAGAAGAAUCAAGUGCUCUCAGUUCGGAGACAGAGCCAAAACUGAAUGACGAGCCUCCAGCAGCGAGUAGCGCAGCCAGCGGUGGCUUUGCCUUUGGUUCACCUGCACCAGCACCUGCGUUUGGGUCUGGAUUCUCGUUUGGCGGAGGUACUACCGCCAAUGCUUCCUUUGGAGCCCCAGCCUUUGGGAGCCCCUCCACCUUGGGAGGCACACGCUCAUUUGGCUUCGGAUCGCCGCCGCCGCCAGCAGCACCAACGACGAAAGAAUCCUCACCACCAGCUCAAACUAGUGGAAGCGUUUUUGGUGCCGCUGCGAGUGGUACAUCUACAUUCGGUGCUUCCAUGUCGUCGGGAGGAGGAUUCGCUGCGCUGGCAAAGAGCCCAUCGAGUGGUUUCGGAUCCAAGUCUGAGACAUCUGGUGAAACCUUUUCCGGAUUCGGUGCCGCGGCGUCUACGGGGUCGUCGGUGUUCGGGGCUGGCCCGACGGCUCCUGGUGGUGGAAGCCCUUACGCGCCCCCAUCGAAUAAUGCCUUUGGGGGUUUCGGUGGUCCCAGGACUACUUUUUCUCGCCCGAAUGACGAUGACGACAGCGCUAGCGAAGCCAGCAGCAAGAGCGACGAGGAUUCGGAAGCAGAAAAGGAAGAUACAGCAACGAAUUCGGCAUCAAAAGCUACGUCCACCUUCGGGGGGUUGGGUGCUGGCACUUCGUUUGGUUCCGGCUCUGCCAUGCCCAGCUUUGGGUCUUCAUUUGCAAUAUCCAGCCAGCCCGCUGGAGCUCAAGAGAAGCCAUCGCCAUUCGCUGCCUUUGGAGGAUCAGGAACGACAUUCGGCUCCGGUGCGGCGUUUGGAGCAGGCUCAUCUGUCCCGGCUAUUACACCCGGAACAUCCUUCUCGUUUGGAGCUGCCAAGCCCGCCAAUGAGCAACCAUCUCAGUUCAACAUUUUCGGUAAAAAGAACGACGGCCCUUCCCAUACAUUAAUGGCAAAACCUCUAUUUGGUAGCUCACCGCCAACGAAAACCCAGCAACCAACAGCUCCGGAACCUAAAAGUCCAAGGAACAACAUGGCAGCCCCAGUUGCUACGGUUGAGAAAGACGCGUCCCCUGAAGGUCCAGUUGCCAAGAAGGCUGCGGGUGUGUUUGAUUCCUUCGAUUCUCACAAGCAAGGGUCGCUCCCAGUCAGUAGUUUUGAAGACCUUAUUGAUGAGUUGGGUGAGGGUUUCCACGGAGAGGAGAUGGAUAAGCAAAGCAAGCUGAUUGAUCCCUCAGGCUCAGGCAUGCUGGAGCGCUCAGCAUUUAUCAAGUGGUAUCAGGCACUGGUUGAAAAUGCGGGAGAUGAUGAUGACGAUGAAUCAAAUGAUGACUCAGAGAUUGAGGAAGAAAAGGAGAAGGCGCAUAAGGCUUUCAUGUCUUUGGCUACAAAAGAGAAUGGAGAGGAUAUUGUGUCAUUUUCGCAGCUCGAAAAGCUCUUUUCUGCAUUGGGAUCAACCUACUGCAAAGAGGACCAUGGGGUGAAGCUGAAGAAGCUUGUAUCAGAACCCGGCAAGCUUCGCCUUGAUGAGUUUGUCAGCUUCUACAUUGAUUGGAUGUUUGGAGAUGACGACGGAUCCAUUGCAGGAAGUGAAGAGGAAGGUGGUGAUCAGGAGCAGCCAGCAAGUGGCAGUGCUCCAGCAGCUGUGAGUCCACCAAAGGGGACUUGGGGUGAUGCCUUCAAGAAUGUAUUGGACAAAAAUUCAUGGAAAUGUGAUGUGUGCAUGGUUCAGAACAAUCAAGAUGCCACACAAUGCAUGUCCUGUGAGGCCCCACGUCCGGGAUAUGAGAAUGCUGCCAAGAAAGAUGAUGUGUCUUCCAGUGCUGCUGGCUCUGCAAUUGGAGCUGGAGGAUUCACUUUUGGAGGUGGCAGUGCUCCAGCAGCAUCAGGUGCGAUCUCUUCUGGUGGUUUCACUUUUGGUGCUCCUGCGGCUGGCACGUCAUCUUCAGCUGGAGGUGGUUUCACAUUUGGGGCACCACCUAGCUCUGCCUCUCUGGGGAAGGAAUCAAAGCCUUCCACUUUCGGCUUCACUGCACAAGCUAGUGCUGAAGCUUCGUCAUCAGGAGGCUUCACUUUUGGAGGUGUCAAGGUGCCUAGUGGAUCUGCUGCAGCAUCUUCUGGCUUUGAGUUCCAACCUGACAAGCCGACACCAUCAUUGCACAAGGAAGGAUCAACAACACCGAGUGAAAGCAUCAAGCACAAGUCGACUAAUGAUCAGGCCAAGCCUAUCCCGCCAAGUCUGGACAACGAACAUGCAAAGAAGGCUGCGGGUGUGUUUGAUUCCUUCGAUUCUCACAAUCAAGGGUCGCUCCCAGUCAGCAGUUUCGAAGACCUUAUUGAUGAGUUGGGCGAGGGUUUCCAUGGAGAGGAGAUGGAUAAGCAAAGCAAGCUGAUUGAUCCCUCAGGCUCAGGCAUGCUGGAGCGCUCAGCAUUUAUCAAGUGGUAUCAAGCACUGGUUGAAAAUGCGGGAGAUGAUGUUGACGAUGAAUCAAAUGAUGACUCAGAGAUUGAGGAAGAAAAGGAGAAGGCGCAUAAGGCUUUCAUGGCUUUGGCUACAAAAGAGAAUGGAGAGGAUAUUGUGUCAUUCUCGCAGCUCGAAAAGCUCUUUUCCGCAUUGGGAUCAACCUACUGCAAAGAGGACCAUGGGGUGAAGCUGAAGAAGCUUGUAUCAGAACCCGGCAAGCUUCGACUUGAUGAGUUUGUCAGCUUCUACAUUGAUUGGAUGUUUGGAGAUGACGACGGAUCCAUUGCAGGAAGUGAAGAGGAAGGUGGUGAUCAGGAGCAGCCAGCAAGUGGCAGUGCUCCAGCAGCUGUGAGUCCACCAAAGGGGACUUGGGGUGAUGCCUUCAAGAAUGUAUUGGACAAAAAUUCAUGGAAAUGUGAUGUGUGCAUGGUUCAGAACAAUCAAGAUGCCACACAAUGCAUGUCCUGUGAGGCCCCACGUCCGGGAUAUGAGAAUGCUGCCAAGAAAGAUGAUGCGUCUUCCAGUGCUGCUGGCUCGGCAAUUGGAGCUGGAGGAUUCACUUUUGGAGGUGGCAGUGCUCCAGCAGCAUCAGGUGCGAUCUCUUCUGGUGGUUUCACUUUUGGUGCUCCUGCGGCUGGCACAUCAUCUUCAGCUGGAGGUGGAUUCAGUUUUGGGGCACCUGCUCCAACUACAGGGUUCACAUUUGAUGCAAAAGCUACUCCAGGAGGCAGCAAGGGUGCAGGCUUCACAUUUGGAACAACAGAGGUGAAGACGCCUGACUCACAAAAGUCUGACAGUGUUAGUAAGGCACCCACCACGAAACAGGGAGCAGAUAAAGGAUCGAAGCCAGCAAGUUCUUCUGGAAGCAGUGCGUUCCCCCCAAUGUCAACAAAAGCACCUACUCCAUUUGGGGCUACUGCAACUAAAACGAGCAGCUCUGUGGGAAGCAGUGCCUUUCCUCCCAUGUCCAGCAAAGCACCUACACCUUUUGGAGCUGGUGGAAGUGGCAAGGUGUCCAGCUCAGCUGGCAGUAGUGCCUUCCCCCCAAUGUCAACAAAGGCACCCACUCCUUUUGGUGCCUCUGCAUCUCCUGCACCAGCCCAGCCGGCAAGUUCUUUUGGAAGUAGUGCUUUCCCGCCAAUGUCUUCCAAGGCACCUACCCCGUUCGGUGCCCCUGCUACAAAGGCGCCUACUCCUUUUGGUGCAUCUCCUGCACCAGCCCAGCCGGCAAGUUCUUUUGGAAGUAGUGCUUUCCCGCCAAUGUCUUCCAAGGCACCGACACCCUUCGGUGCCCCUGCAACAAAACCAGCAAGCUCUGGUGGAAGUAGUGCAUUUCCCCCAAUGUCAGCAAAGGUCCCAACACCCUUUGGAGCUCCUGCCACCACCAAGCCAGCUUCUUCUUCUGGUAGCAGUGCUUUUCCUCCAAUGUCUUCCAAGGCACCCACUCCUUUCGGUGCAUCUGCAUCGAAACCAGCAAGCUCUGGUGGAAGUAGUGCCUUUCCCCCAAUGUCAGCAAAGGCACCAACACCUUUUGGAGCCCCUGCCACCACCAAGCCAGCAAUUCUUCUGGAGCAGUGCCUUUCCCCAAUGUCUACCAAAGCCCACACCCUUUUGGAGCUCCUGCCACCGCCAAGCCAGCUUGUUCUACUGGUGGGAGUGCUUUCCCACCAAUGUCUACCAAGGCGCCCACACCCUUUGGAGCAGCAGCACUUGCCAAGCCAGCAACUUCUUCUGGCAGCAGUGCUUUCCCGCCAAUGUCAGCCAAAGCUCCGACACCCUUUGGAGCUCCUGCCCCACCAAGCCAGCUCUUCUUGGUAG